CAGUUGAAGAUGCGGAUGAGCUGCCAAACUUCACCUUGUGACCGGCAUCGCCGAAUAUUGGGAACAAUUGUGGAGACAACUAUCUAACUUCGCCUUGUUUGUACUGAACAUGGGUUUGGUUGGUGCACAGGCCUUGUUGGAUGCAGUGGCAUUGCCUCAUGGCCGAGGCGGCAGCAGGGCCAGGCAUGGGGCAUGGGAGACACAAGCAUCCUUUGUCUAGACCUCGCCAAAACCCAACCCGGAACCCAUCUGGGCAACCCAAUGAGUGGAUUUGCAGCUGCUGGUCUUAUUCCAUUCGAACCAGAGAGGGUGCUUGCAAAACUCCACAUCAAGAUGAAGACACCAACACCACCAUCUUCUUCAAGCAGCAAUCAAAUCCUUCUAUUUAGGGAGGACACCAGCCAAUCCUUAUCAGUUGAACCAGCAAAAAAAGCAGAUUCAAGACCUUCAAAACCAGUCUCUAUCUUCAGUUGUUGCAGAGCAGAUGCUUGAGAAGUUUAUGAAGAGCACAGAAGUUGCAAUGCAGGAUGCUGUUCUAUUAAAACAAGAACUUCAUCAGCUUCAGGCAUCAAAUAAGCACCAGAAAGAGAAGAUGAAGAU